ACAUACACUAUAUUGCCAGAAGUAUUGUCCCCCCGCCCUCCAAGUCAUGUGAUUCAGGUGUUCCAAUCCCCUCCCAAUCAUGUGAUUCAGGUGCUCCAAUUCCCUCCCAAUCAUGUGAUUCAGGUGCUCCAAUCCCCUCCCAAUCAUGUGAUUCAGGUGUUCCAAUCCCCUCCCAAUCAUGUGAUUCAGGUGUUCCAAUCCCCUCCCAAUCAUGUGAUUCAGGUGCUCCAAUCCCCUCCCAAUCAUGUGAUUCAGGUGUUCCAAUCCCCUCCCAAUCAUGUGAUUCAGGUGUUCCAAUCCCCUCCCAAUCAUGUGAUUCAGGUCUUCCAAUCCCCUCCCAAUCAUGUGAUUCAGGUGUUCCAAUCCCCUCCAUGGACACAGGUGUAUACAAUC